AUGUCGUCGUCUCGUGUGGGUUUCCGCUUCCUGAACAACGCUCGCUUUGCGUUCCGCAAUGCCUCUGCGCCAUUCCGCCGGCCGGGUGCUCAGGGUUUCCGCUUCCAGAGCUCCGAGGCCGGCGCCGCAGAGCAGCAGAGCGCUUUCCAGCGCAUGUGGAACAGCCCCGUUGGUGUGAAGACUGUGCACUUCUGGGCCCCCGUUAUGAAGUGGGCUCUUGUCAUCGCCGGUAUCUCCGACUUCAACCGUCCAGCUGAGAAGCUGUCUCUGACCCAGAACUGUGCCCUGAUGGCCACCGGUGCCAUCUGGACUCGCUGGUGUCUGAUUAUCAAGCCCCGUAACGUCCUGCUUGCCGCCGUUAACUUCUUCCUCGGGUGCGUUGGUGUCGUUCAGGUUUCGCGUAUCUUCAUGUGGCAGCGCAGCCAGACGGGCUCUUCCCUGGAGGCCGCCAAGGAGCUCGAGGGCGAAGCUGCCGACUCUGCCAAGGCCGUCGUGGACCAGGCUGAGAACGCCGUGAAGGCUGUUGGUGAGAAGACCGCUUAA